CUUAAUGAGUUCUCCAUUCUCCCUCGUUCGAAGUUCGUCAAAGUAUUUCUAUAAAUUUGAUUGUGAACAAAGCAAAACUCAAAUCAGGGCCCAAAAAAACGCGUCGUGGUGUUGAAAUCUCAUGAUAAUCAAUGUAAUCAUUCAUUUACGCAUAAGGAGCCCUGUUCAUCAACCAGCCAAGAACGCGAAACCUGUGUUGUCUGUUUAGUUGGUUAAUGUGAGCAAUACACUAAUACGUGGUUUUAAAAUAUGUCUGAGGGUCGCAAUAAACCGAAACAUAAUUUUACGAGCUACGUCAAACAGGUUGCCGGUGAACAUUUUGUGAACCACGACUACAAACCAAAGCUUUUAUCAGGAGAAAUUGAGGCUGCGCGUGCAAAUAAUGUUUGCAUGUACGUAGGCCCAUACAUCAAAGAUGGAACGAUAUCCGGAGAACGAACUGGAACACUAUUAAUCACUAACUUCCGCCUAUCAUUCGUUUCAGUAGAAAUAGAAGAUGAACAGGUUUCAUUUCAAAGUAAUAGGUUCCUUGGAUCAUCCGAUGUUUCAUUAUCGAAUAUUGAUCGUAUCUAUCACAUAGUUGAUAAGAAAAAACGGCUCAUAACCCCUCAGCUGAAGAAUAGCAACAAAAUAUUCAAAAUAAGAAUAGUUUGCAAGAAUUUUAAAACAUUUACCUUUGGGUUUCAACUGUCGGAAAUUGGCAAAGGAAAAUAUAUUGCCGACGCAUUAGUAAAAUUUGCUUUCCCAGCACGGCACAAUCUGUUGUUCCUGUAUCAAUUCAAGGAAAAAUAUUACAAAGGAACCGAUUGCGAAAAUACAAAAAUGUACAACAACAAAUUCGAUUGGCUUCAAGAGCUGCAACGCUGUGGUGCCGGUGGUUGGCGUGUGUAUUCUAAAGACUGCAGAGUUUCCAACAGUUCUCUACCGAUGCACUUUGUCGUUCCGAAACAUCUUAGCGAUGUGGAGUACGACAAUAUAUCCAAAAGUUUCCGUAACAAUCGGUCCUCAAUUUGGGUGUGGGGCCACAAAAAUGCUUCAUUGGUUCGACUUGCCGAGCUGAAUCCAGAUAUUACUAAUACGACGGUAGAGAACAUUCUUCUCGAGCACGUACGUCGUUGUGACCCGCAAAAGAGACAGCCGCGACUGCUCGAAUUGUAUAAAAUUCUUCCCAGCAUACAAGACGUAAAUUUGAGUUAUAUUAAGCUGCGCGAUCUCUGUACACCCGAUAAUGAUCAACAGUUUAUGGUCCAAGAUUCACGUUUUUAUUCAAUGUUAGAGAAAAGCUAUUGGCUGCUUUACGUUUCAUUAUGCCUAAAGCAUUCGGACUUAGCGGCAAAGGUGUUACGUGACGGACAGACUGUUGUACUGCAGGAAAUCAAUGGACGUGAUAUGUGCGGGGUUAUAUCGAGCUUAGUGCAGUUGCUUCUGGAUAAAAGCUUCCGCACAAUAUACGGCUUUCAAAAUCUUAUCCAAAAGGAAUGGAUAAUCCUGGGGCAUCCGUUCAGUGAUCGUCUGGGUCAUGUGGCGGCUGUAAAAUCCACCGAACGUAGCCCAUUAUUUUUAUUGUUUCUUGACUGCGUGUGGCAGCUGUUGCAGCAGUUUCCUACUUCGUUUGAAUUUUCUGAAACGUUCCUCACCACACUAUGGGAUUCACUAUUUCUGCCAAUCUUCGAUACGUUUCAGUUCAACUCUGAAACGGAGCGUAACCACGCGAUGCAUGCUGAACACAUUGUGCUUCGGCCAGUUUGGGACUGGGCAAAACAGUUCGACGAUAAGGACUUGGCUUUAUUCAUGAAUCCACUGUAUCGCCAAGAAGAAAUCCUAGGCAAAAGUGGCAGAAGUAUUAUCACAUCGGAACCACAACAUAGCACACUUUUUACUUCAGGCCGCAGAAUUUUCAAUUCUAAUGGACAUCCAAAUAGUCAAGAUGGAGAAACCGUGUCUUUGCAGUUUUUACAACCACAAUAUUGUCUUCGAGAUAUCGAAUUGUGGCAACAAUGUUACUUCCGGUGGAUACCUCAUCUACAGAUUAAACAUGGCGGCAUCGCUCAGAGCGAAUUGCUCAACAGAAUACUGGUGCACAACAUUCGCAAAUUAAGCCGAAUGGUGAAAUCGGAACAUUCUAAUGAGCAGUACCAGUCUGAGAAUUUUGGCGAACCAAUUGACGCAUUGGAGCAGAUAUUGUCCUCAAUGGCAGUGCAAACACGUGAUCCAGAAACCACAGAACCUUGUCUUUGCAUUAGCUCGUUCUUUCCUUUCACUAGCAUACUGCCGUCCCCACAGAUUGAAUGCUCAGAGUUGUUAAUCACGAGUAAUGAAAUCAACUUCUCGCACGAUUCCAUGUAUGAAACGGCGUCGUUGAAUGAUUAGCUUUGCAGGCCGUUCGUGUUUGUGUGUGCAAGCCAGUUACAAACAAGGAAGAUCGAUAUAUUCUUAAAUGUUGUAAACUAGGUAGUAGAGGCGGCUUUUAAUCCAAACUCGUCAAAGCUGUUGUAAUAUAAUUGUAAUAUUAAAAAAUGCUGAUGAAAUGAUACGGUUUUUGUAGUAGAGUGUGCUGCUAAGAAGUGUCUGGUAUAGUUUAACUUAUCAUACGUAUUUACUAAACAUCCUAUUACAUUUAUCUGUUUCACCGAAGUUAUUUUGAACUUCUCAAAAUACAAUAUGGGAUGUAGAUCGCUCAAAAGCAACACAACAUUUUAUCUAAAAAUUCGUUUAAGCUUACUAGUACCAUAAAUACCAUAACUUAAUAACCUAAAAUCGUUUAUAUUAUUCGUUACCUCAACCAUAACAAAUUGAAUAUAAAUAUGAUUUAAUAAUUUAAUAGUAGUAACAAAAUAUGUUAGCGGUUUGUAUUUUUAUGCACAUAAAAGAAGAGUGGACUCACUUUUUCUUCAACCUUUUCAACUUGGGAUUAGUGCUGACACAGGUAAUCUCAAGAAAUAACUUUCGUUUUGAUAUAGAAAAUCCUUUGAUGCUUUCCCUUCCUUCAUUGAGUUCGAUCUCUUUUUCUAGGCGAUCGUGCAAUAUAACGUUACAUAUUUUUGUUUUAUUAUAAGUCUUCCAAGAUAGAACUACAUAUUGCAAUGUCAGUUAGUUGGUAUGGUUGUCGGGGGAUACUCUUGUCGUUCUUAGAAGAUCAAUUCGCAUUCGUUCCAAGAAAGCCGACACGUCUGGUUUGAACAUUUAUUUGUUUGGAGUGCAUGUCCGAAUUCUGUACGUAUCAUUUGAAGCGAUAGGAAACACGAAAGAAACAAUAUUUAGUGGUUAGUUGUUUGUUUUUCAGCUACUUUUUAAACAAAGAAUGUAUUCUUAAUAAACUUAAGAACCAUUACACAAUAAGGUCGUAUUCGAAUAAAAUUACAUUCUUUAAUAUGCAGA